CCUAAAGACAUUUAUGACUACGACAAACGGAUAACACACAUAUCCUUUAUCUGCAAUCACGACCCGACGGCCGCAGAACAGGGCGCCUACUCUACGGGUGCCGAUGAGAUUGUACUCUAUUUGGACCCCAAAAGAAUGGCCAACAAAUUUGAUCCGCAAAACGUCAGCCUCUGUUCGCUCAGUAUAUUUCACUCAUCCGAGUUGUGCGGUGUUCCCGAACGGCCACUCAAUAGUCUCGUUCAAGUGGUCAAUCAGGUGGCCAUCUAUUCCUGUGUCGACGGUUACGAACUGAUUGGCCCAAAACGUAUACCAUGUUUGGGUAAUGGCCAGUGGGCUCGUGAAUUCCCCGUAUGUCGACUAAAACACGGCCACUGCCCGCAAGUAGUGGACAAAUUCGGCAUAUUUUCCACUUACCAUAACAGAGCGCCCGACGGCUCCAUAAUGUACGGCACAAUAGUGACGGCCCGAUGCGCGACAACCCUAUACGGCAUUACCGGUCGACCAUUGCUGGUGUCGUCGCGAACCCGUAUCUGUCAAUCGGACGGCUCGUGGAGCGGAACCCAACCCUUUUGUAUCGAUUCCGACAAAUAUAAACCCAAAUCGACGGUCAACUCGUACGGCAUGUCCUCUAAAGCGCUGGUUAUUGUGAUUAUGGUGGGAAUCACAGCUGUCAUCGUGUUGUUAAUCAUAGCUCUGGUGGUCUGUUGUCAUGUCUCUCAACAAUGCUAUCAAUGCUAUGUGUUUUGUAGGGACGGACUUCUCAGAAGAAAUAAAAGUUCAAACGAUUCCGCAAUUGUUAGGCCCGAGUCUCAGGUAGAUAUCAAUGAGAUUAACGCUACGCUCGAACAGUUGGCCAGUUUUAAGCCCUAUAAUAAUACUAGUGGUGAUCACAAUCAAAAUAAUAAUAAC